UCGCCUGACGUCACGGCGGUUUAUUUAGUCUGCCAGCUUCCGGCCGACUCUGUGAGUCUUCUGACUCGUAGCGGCGCUUGCUUGUACUCCGCAGAUCACACCACGUUUCCGACCGGAGGAAAAAACCUCGACUCCCAUUUUUUUUUUCUGGGUGGAGUGACAUUGAGGAACUUGCCAACGCAGCUCUCCAGUCAUCAUCAUGGUGAACAUCCCAGAAUACUAUGCAGGAAAAAAUGUGGUAAUAUCUGGAGCAACCGGCUUUAUGGGAAAGGUUCUGUUGGAGAAGCUACUGAGGUCCUGCCCAGGGGUCAAAGCCGUUUACGUGAUGGUUAGGUCAAAAGCCGGGCAGAGCCCUCAGGCCCGCAUAGCUGACAUGAUUAACUGCAAGUUGUUUGAGAGAUUGCAAGCAGAGCAGCCAGACUUUGCAGAGAAGAUCAUAGCUGUGAACAGUGACCUCACACUACUGGAGCUUGAUCUUAGCAAAGAGGAUCAGAGCAUCCUGGUUGAAAACAUAAACAUUGUCUUCCACUGUGCAGCAACAAUCCGCUUCAAUGAGCCGCUCAAAGAUGCAAUGCAGCUGAAUGUCCUGGCCACACAGAAGAUGCUGGCACUGGCCCACAGGAUGAAGCACCUGGAGGUCUUUAUUCACGUCUCCACAGCCUACGCCCACUGUGACAGAGAGGUCAUUGAGGAAGUCGUGUACCCUCCUCCUGUAAACUACCGCAAACUUAUUGAUACUCUGGACUGGAUGGAUGACGAUUUGGUAGCAACGCUGACCCCCAAGCUUAUUGGAGAGCGUCCCAACACUUACACCUACACCAAAGCUUUGGCUGAGUAUCUGGUGCUGCAGGAGGCUGGAGACCUCAACAUCGCCAUCGUCAGGCCGUCCAUUGUUGGAGCCAGCUGGAAAGAGCCGUUCCCUGGCUGGAUUGACAACUUCAAUGGACCCAGUGGAAUAUUCAUUGCAGCUGGAAAAGGCAUCCUGCGUACGAUGAGAGCAUCCAAUGAUGCCGUGGCUGACUUGGUCCCAGUAGAUGUGGUCAUUAAUGCAACUCUAGCAGCAGCUUGGUUCUCUGGAUCACAAAGAGUCAACAGAAGCCUCAUGGUGUACAACUGCACAACUGGCGGGAUCAACCCAUUUCACUGGGGCGAAGUCGAGUACCAUGUAAUAUCCACAUUCAAGAGGAACCCCCUUGAGCAGGCCUUCCGACGGCCCAAUGUUAAUCUCACAUCCAAUCACCUAAUCAAUCAGUACUGGAUUACCGUGAGCCACAAGGCUCCGGCCUUCCUUUACGAUCUGUACCUCAGGCUGAUUGGACGAGAGCCCAGGAUGAUGAAGACAAUCACUCGCCUGCACAAAGCCAUGGUGGUCCUGGAGUAUUUUACAAGCCAUUCAUGGGUUUGGAACACAGACAACGUGGCCAUGCUGCUGUCUCACAUGAGCCCCGAGGAUAAGAAGGUGUUUAACUUUGAUGUGCGCCAGCUGCACUGGGCGGAGUACAUGGAAAAUUAUUGCAUGGGCAUGAAAAAAUACGUCCUCAAUGAGGAGCUGUCAGGGCUGCCAGCUGCACGCAAACACCUCAACAAGCUGAGGAACAUCCGCUACACCUUCAACACCGUCCUGGUGGUUCUCAUUUGGCGCAUCUUCAUCGCCCGUUCCCAAAUGGCCCGCAACAUCUGGUACUUUGUGGUGAGCCUCUGUUUCAAGUUCCUCUCGUACUUCAGAGCUUCUUCCACCAUGAGAUAAUGAAACAAGGAUGCGGAGCGAGUUGGAAGGAUGAAGAACAGCGGCAGCAGACAAUGAGAGGUCCGAAGCUCUGAGCAAGAAAUGGGAGCUACUGGACAAGCCUGGAGUCUGCAGUGAUCUUAAAUAUCCAACUUCUCUCCAACCUCAUCCUAUCACUAUAUAAAACACAGGAUUUAUCCCAGACCAGCAGCGACUGUGCUAAUAAUGAAGAAGACUUCAUUCUGUUUCCCUUCAGUCCUUCUGUACAUUCUGCUAAGCUGUGCAUUGAAUAAUGCUCAGCUCCAAAGCCCUCUAGCUGUUUUUUAGUCCUGUCUGAUUUCCUAAGGCCAAUACUUACUCUGCAAGAAAAGAGAAAGUAAUUAUCUCAUAGAGAUGCAAGAACAAAAGUACUUUACUCUGUUCUAGCAGUAUGUCUUUAAAGCAUAUUCUGGGCAACCGCUUUUUAUAGAGUGGUGUCUGAAAUAUAAGGUGGGUGUUCUGCUGUGGGAGGGACCAAUGAAGACUUCCAAAGAGUUCUGCACUUGAGUUCUUGUAAAGUGUUAAAUGUCCUGGUCAGAAACAAAUGCAUUGUCUUGUUCUUGCAGCCUUGAGUAAAAUAAAUUCCUCUGUUCUUGCGUAAUAUAUAACCAGGCCUUUGUUUUGGCUUUGAUUAAACCACACAGCUUUGAUCCCAUGCAUCAUUUCAAGUUGGAGCAUCAAAUGUUUUUUUAGAAGGUUUCGUUCAGAGACAGGAUUGUAUCCAACUCAUUACUUUAAAACACCCUACCACAGAUGAGGGCAGGCAUUUUCUGCCGCCUUUAAGACCGUUGUAAAGAAAAGUUUAAGACUCUGGGGGAGGCGUUUGUGCUGAGUCAUGCCUCACCAGAAGUUCUCGCUUGCCUUUUUUCCCCUCCUGUUCUUGUAGGGCAAAAAUAAGCUGUCAACGGGUAUGUAAUCCCGUAUGCCCUUAGUGUCCCGUUUCUUCACAACUAAGCACAAUGCAAAUUCCGAUGGCUUUACUGAGUGCCUAUACUGACUUUUCUUGCAUCAGCAAAUUUUACUAAAGCUAUUUUUCUGUCUUCUUCAUGAUCUUUUUCUGUCAAAGUUUGUUAAAGUUGCAGCUUUUACUUUUGCCAAAUCUCCUUUGUGCUGGCAGCUCAGGUGGAGGUGGGAGGAGAAACUGUCAUCUUUUUGGCUUGUUUUUUUCAGGAAAUCAAAUACCUUCAGCUUCAAGUUGUAUCCUGGGUGAAGCCCUAUAACGCAUUUUUAAAUAUGGGUCAUUGCUUUUGUUCUCUCCCUGUAGAGCUAACUAAACUGUCUUCUGAGUCGGUGUAGGGUUAGUCUGUUACAUUUUUGGGUCAUUUAUUUGUGCAGCUUAGAUAAAAAAAAAAGCAGAAUGUGCUUUUUUUUUAAAAAAUUUUUUAAUCUUUCAAAGUUUUUCCACUCGGUUUUCUCAUUUCUCUGGGCUUUAACCUCUGAUGACAUAAAAAGUUUAUAAACUGUAAGCACUUUCUCAUAUUUACCUUCUGUUAUCUUCCCUAUUUAUUUAACCUACUGUGAGUUGGGGAUGUUUAAUUAUGCUUGCACGUGUCUUCUAAAAGUGUCUUUUAAGAAUGCCUUCAUGUCUGCCCGGUCAUUGUACCAGCGUCUUUAAGGAAUGGGAUUUUCACAGCAUAGGAAAAUGUACGUAAACCCCAAGCUCCGUGCCUGAACUCUUGUUGAUAUUCGAAUGUGAAAAAAAGAAUGGAUAUGUUUUUCUAAUCCUUUUUGUGUACAGGUCUAUUUAGGCAGACUUGAAGAGAUAAACGGCUUUCUGCUCGUGUCAUUGUGACUAGUUUACGAAAGCAGCUUCAGCUAAUGUAAAUAAUAAAAACUGUUGAAAUCUA